AUGCAGAACCUAUCACUGACUGGUAAAAAAUUCAAUUGCAGCUAUUUGAGUACACUGGAAGAUCUGAAGCUUCUGGAAGAUACGGAUCUCCGUCUCGUUAAUCUCAGCAAUAAAGAAAGAAAUGAAAGCGAUGUGAUAUUUGUUUCAGCCAUCUCAUCUAAUCAUUUUGGAAAAUUUCUACAAAUGUACGAACUGUUGAAACGGCAUUGGCCGAAGCAAAAAGUGUUGUUAUAUUCCCUAGAUCUAUCUGAUACACAUAUCGAGAAGCUUGAGAAGGACAAAAAUAUUAAGGUACGGAAGUUUGAUUACGAAAAGUACCCGAAACAUGUGGAAAACUGGAUGGAGUAUCGGUUCAAGGCACUUAUUCUAGCUGAAGCGAUUCGAGAGUUUCCAAAUAUUUGGUGGACCGAUUCACAUAAUCGGUGGUUGAAGCCAAAGCCAUUGACAAAUUUUUAUGGAGAGAUUGCAAAGUGCCAGGGGGAUGUGGAUUGUGAUAAGGAAAUUUGUUUAUCUGGAAAAAAAUGUCAUCUUCGAAAGAUAAUUUUCCAGAAAUCUUCAAUUAUGAUGUUUGUCAACUCCACGCACAGUAACUAUGCUGUGUUAAUGGAAGGGUUGCUUGAUUACUUUCCAACUUUCAAUAUUGACACAUUAAAGUACAACGACAAAGGAUUACAGUUGUCAGCUGCGUUUGUGUAUUUAGCCAGAACACAAUUCACAUUAGACGUCUUAAAAUGGCAUACUCUAUGUGCCUUGGAGGAGAAAUGCAUGAAGCCACCGAAUGCAAAAUUAAAAUGUGAUUCUAUUCCGGAAUGGGACAAAUACGCUGGAUGUUUUCGAUUUGAUCAAUCUUCCUUAAACUUGCUGAUGUUCAAUUCAUUUCGAAAUCAUAAUCAUUAUUUUAUGAAUGUCGGAAAAGUCACUAGAACUUAUGAUCAUUAUUAA